GGGCCCAUUAAUUUUAUCCAUUGCCAUAACAAGAUUAAAAUUUGAAUUGACCCUGUGUUUGCGUAGUAGAAUAGAAACCCCUAGAGAUAAUAAUAUAAUCUUGGUACAAGCUUUCUGUGAUGACAAGUCAAGUGACAGCCCUCCUCGACCUCUUGUCUACCAAUGAAGAGCCUUGGAGGGACACUGUAUGUAAUGAAACUGUGCAAUUUUGGCUCUCUACCAGUUUCUAUCACCAUGCUAGUUUGUUAUAUAAAAGCGACUUCUAGGGACAAAUCAAAAAUUUUAAAAUAUCUUAUGAAAGAAAAAGUUGUGAGAGUUUGUUGUGAUUGUUGGAGAUUAUUUUCUGUUUGAGUUGUCCGAUGCACUUGGAGACGUUAGUUUCAGUUUCUCAACAUGAUUGACACUUAUGUCAAUCAUGGCCUAUUAUAAUAGAUAUCCAAACCAAUAAAUGUCUAUAUAUUCAGUGUAUAUAUAAGAUAUUUUAUGCCGCCUUUGAAUGGUUAAUGGUACUCGAGAGCAUGUUUGUAAUAUUUGAUAUGAACCUUCAUACGCAAUCAGCUCGAUACCAGAGCUACAAACAGAGACCGUAGUGGUUUACAAUCUAGUGUGUAAUAAGUGUGAAAGCUGCCCCCCAGCGCUGUUUAAAUAUACUGUAUAAGAGAGCAGGGAAACAGGAUUACCAUUUGGGAUCAAGACCGUACAGGAUUUAUCACAGAAAUUCAGCCAAAUGCUUCAUCUGUCAGAGUCUGUGUUUUUUUGUGAGUGUAACCCGUUUGUCACUUCAAGCAAGAUUUAUGACAUGAAGAAGAGUUAAGGUGUACAGUAACGUGUGUUGCUCAGCACCUAAGCUCUAUGAAAAAAUAACUUCAUAUUUCCAGAAACAAAAAAGAAAAAAUAUAAAUGUUAAUAUAUGUAUAUUAAACAUUUCCAGAGUUUAAUAUUGUUUUGUUUGGCCAUUAAAUUGUCAUAGACCAACAAGACAUUUUUUUAGACAUCUUUACCUUACAAAGUAGAAAGUUCUAUAAGCUGAGAAAGACGAGAAAACUAACAACUUACAACCUCAGAGCCCCACGACACCAAACAGAGGAGAUGAGCUUUAGUUGUUUUAAAAGAGAGAAGAAAUAAGGACAUUUAAAAGAGCAAUACCAUCAUCAGUGGUUGAGAUUUUCCCAACAUGCGUUUACAUUUUUGACAUUUUAUUCAACUGCAUUAUUUAGCUUCAGAUAAAUUAAACUUUUCAAAUCACGGCAGUUUGACAGCACAUUAAAACCGAUGCUACAAAGAUCACAAUAAAAUGAAACACACUGAAUCAUUGAACGUGCUGCAAAAGCAAAAUUCAUACUUCAAGAAUUAAAAAUAGACUGAUAAUCAAGUUUUUAGAGAAAUAGUACCAAGUUUUCAGGGAAAUCGCUUUAAUUCCCCAGCAAGGGUGAGGUUCGAUGAGAAUAGCGAUGACACUUUCUCCUCUGUGACGUCAGCUAAACAUGAAGCCACAGCCAGGGCGUGAUUACUUUAGUUCAGCACAGGACAGGUUUUAAAAGUGCCGGUAUGUCGAUUUUCUCCUCAGGACAGAACCAGGCUCGCCGUUUCUCCCAUUUUUUACAGUGUUUGAACACAGCAGCCAUCUGUGCCUUCAAACACUGAUAUGACAAGUAUAUUAAUCAUCCCACCUGUAAAAUAAUCUACACUAUCCCAUUAAAGAUUCUCAGCUUGCCUCUGAUUGUCAAGAAGGGAGACUGUCUAGAAAUGUGCAAUGUAAGAAAUUCCUCUUCAGUCCACAUUUAGCAAUAAGCCACUGCAACAGGAACUGAAAGGUUGCUAAAACUGCAAAAUGACGCGAGUCUGCGUUUUUUUCUCCUCCAGCGACAAAAUCCAAACGUCCAUCAUCGGCACGAUAGUUCCAGCACAACAACACAAAGUGUGACAAAAUGAGAGACAAUCCUGUUCAUAGCUCAUUUCUUUACUCUUCAGUUUUAAGUGGCUGGGUCAAAAAGGCAAUGGUACCCAAUCUGUCAGUGGUCCCCAUGCAUUUAAUGAGCAGUCUGUCCGAAAAGCCUCAUAGUCAAUUUUAGUUUCCUGCUUUAAAACAAUCAAGCCAAGCUCGUAGAGUCUCAUAAGGGACGUCUCCUGGGUUACAAGUAGAUGGACCAGUAGAUGAUGUUAAAGAGGAUAUACGCUCCAGGAAACAGAACCCUGGAGUACUUGUCUAUGGCGUGGGUGUCUAUCCAAAUGUUCACGUAGCCCCUGGACGGCUUCACCUGGCCCGUGAUCUGUGGGUCGUUGAGCGCCACUUGAGCCAACAUUCUCGGCUCCUGACGUCCGCCGUUCUCUGGCAUCCCAUAAGUCCCUGUUGUGUUCAUAUCCAUUGACCCAUAGCCAGUGAUCUGGGGGUCGAUCAUCAUCUCGUCCGGGUUGCCAAUACCACAAGUACACGGCAGCUGUAGGAGAGAAACAAGAAAUCAUUUUGACAGCUCGAAAUCUGCUCAUUGUGAACUCUUUGAGACCAACUGAAGGAGAAAAUGAAUACAUUUGUUUGUUAAAUGUUUAGCAUAUUUUCUGCACACUCAGUGCUUCUUAAUAACUUUGGCAUGAAACAUUUAUAGAAGGAUGUUUGUGCUGGAAAUGAUCCCCAGGGUACGUGGGCAAUUUGGCUCCAUAUGCUGCAGCAUUUGGCAGUUGAAGAAUAGCAGUAUAGUACACAAGCUGUAGUCCCAGAAAUAAUUUGCUGUAGCCCCGAGAGCUUAAACGGAUCCAAUUUUGAAAAUAUUCAUCUGCCUUUUGGAAAGGAACAUGAAUAAUUGAUUUGUGUCUCCGCUGGUUUUGAGAUAUUUUGAUAUGUAAAAUAUUCUACAUAAAAUUAGGUCAACAAAAUCCUGUUUGGGCUCAGAGGAAAGUCAGUACGUGUUUGUUUUAUUUUUUAUUUUAAUGAGAAACUUUUCAGAUUUGCAGAUAUUUAGGAAUGUAAAAACUUUAAUUAGAUCUUCAACAGUGGACCAUUUAACUGUUGGGAAAAUUCAUCAGCCCAUGGCAAGAUUAUGCAUGUCAUAAAUUAAAUUUUAGCAUUAAUUAAAACUUAGGGGAUCUCUGUGACUAUAAUUGCAUGUGAAAGAUAUUUACACUUAUUUUAAUGAUCAACCUGACUGGAAAAUAAUCAAUGGACCAUACACAGCAACAGUAAAGGGAUACGAUGCCCACUGCAGCUUUACAUUUUUGAACCUUACCAGAACGCAAACCAUCAAACAGACAUGAAAUGCUCUUUCAAAGUCAAGCUGUUUUUAAUCUAUUAUUCAUGCAAAAUGGCUGAGUAACAUUUGUUUAAUUAUUUUAGCUUUCAAAACUGAAAAAGGAGCGAAAUCUAAAGAUCAAACUUCCAUCAUACACCCUUGGUGUAAACAGGGAUAAAACUUCAACCUUAUCUUGAAAAAGUCCAACCAAAAGUAGUUUCACCAAAGAUAUAAAGUCUGUGCUCACUCACAUUCGAACAUUGAUCAUUGCAUUGGUUUGGUUUGGUGAAGUAAGCCACAUAUAUGACACAUUAUACGUUGCAGGUAAAUAAUCAAAAAUCCCAUGAAUUCACACUUACUCUCUCCCUCAGUUUCCUCUCUUUCCUCUCCUGCACCGUGGAGAGGUAGUUGACUGCCGCGUACUCUAUCACAGACAGGAAGACAAAUACAAAACUGACCCAGAGGUAGAUGUCUACCGCCUUGAUGUAGGAGACGCGCGGCAUAGAGGCAUUGACCCCGGUGAUGAUUGUCGACAUGGUAAGCACUGUGGUGAUGCCUGGAGUAAAGCACGCAAACAGUUUAGUCACACAGAGACUCUAUUUACCAGAGAGGAGACACAGCAGGCAGGUUCUGUCUGAGUUUAGGUGCAUCAGCCUGUUAGCAUCUCUGACGCUCAUUAGUUCAGGCGUCACAUCUUGUUUGAUCCACACAGAGCAUGAAACGUAAAUCAAAGAAUGAAUUUAUGGAGAGAUUUAACCUGAAACACAGACACAUUUCAAGGUAACACAACUGAAGGCUCGCUAACGUUAUGACAAGAGGCUUAUAAAUGGAAGCAAUGCAAGCUAACAGCGAAAGCUCACUUCUUGAAAUCUGUUUCUGAGCAUUAUUUUCUUUGUUAUAUCUUACACUGACAGCUCUUUUCCUCCUGGUAUUUCUCUAAUGCUAAGAUAAGCCAACCAGCCUCUCUAAAGCUUCUUUUCUCUGUUCCAUUUUUACCACUGACAACCACUUCUCAUCCAACUCUCCAAAAGACAUCUAAUAAAUCUCUUAAAUUUGUGGUCACUGCUAUGUUGCAAACCACUCUACUAUGCUGGCCUGAUUCCCCACGUUAUCUAGGGGCAUUCAUACAUUUCUUACUUUGCGUCUGUCUCAAAAUCCUCUUUUUGUUUUGUUAUCUACCUAGCGGCACCCUGGCAGGGACGGCUCUGCGGUCUAUCCAGAAGGACACCCACGACAGCAUGACCAUCAGAGUGGCGGGGAAGUAAGUCUGCAGCAGGAAGAAGAAGAUGUGGCGCCGCAGGGUGAAGUGGAUAUACAAGCGGUUGUACCAGCCUGGAAAGUCAAAGAACAUUGAUGUUACAUGGACAUGUAAGCUGCUGAUAAAGCUAACAAAGACUCCAGGCAGAGGUUCGCUGCUAUUGUGGUGAGAAAAGAUACACCAGAAUCUGUAUGGUGGUUCAUGUUGAGCCGAAGUGACUUGCAGAGGACCACCGGGCUUUUACACUGGCUUUACAGCCUCUGCUUUGGACAAGUAGGUGAUAAUAAUUGGACUCUUUUCGUCUCACUUUAAGGAUUCAAUAUUUAUGCACUUCUAACAGUGUCACUUUCAGUGGAAACAUGAUAACAUGUAAGUAACACUUAAUACUUGAGUUGGAAAAGGCUUACCGAGUAAAAUGAGACGCAUUGAAGUUGAAACUCAAUUGUGAUGUAGUUAUUACAUGCAUGAUGCACCAGUCAAGCCAAUUUGCAUAAUCAGUUUAGUUUGCUGCUUGCAUUAAAAAGUGCCUGUGUUGUGGAUUACAGUACCUGUGCUGCUGUAGAAAGCCAGCUUGGUGGUGGUGUGAAAUUUCUGGAUGAGGAACUGGGACAGAGAUAUUCUGUCGUCGGUGUUGAGGGAUUCAUUACCUUUCUUCCAGUACAACAUCAGGUCGUCAUCUGUGUAUGCAUCUGCAGGGAAAAGACGCAGAGUGAAGUAGCUUUGUUUUGACGCCAAAUCAGGACAGAGGGAGAAUGUGGAAUGUUACUGUGGAAAAAAAUAAAAGCCCACAGAGCUAAAGCCCAAAACACAAUCCCUUCUGUCUUGCUGUGUCAAUUGCACCCUCUGAAUAUGUCUUUGAGCUUUGCUAUAUAUGAGGAGCCAAACAUAGAUGCACCCAAACACUGGAGGCGAGAUAUAUUUGAGAUUCUGCUCAGCAAACUUGACAUUUUAGCAAAAAUGAGAAGUGCGUGAGGGUCAAAAGGUUGUCACGCACAAGCUUAGGCUUGAUCAUGGUGCUUAGAUAUGAAAGUUCAUGGCAAUGUGUUUCCUGGCUAUGAAGUUAUUUAAACCAAGCAUAAUGUGGAUGGAUCAGUGUGUUCAUGGUGGGAAAAAGUCACUGUGUUGCUGGAUUUCUUCAGAUUUUUGUGAUCAGUUUACUUACAGCUCUCAAUCUCCAGCGAGCAGGUUUGGGUGUCCAAAGGGAAGCGGCUGAGGUCCAUGUUGCACAUGGCAGUGACAGUGACUCUGGGAAAAACAGAAAUAAACCGACAAUGAAAAUCAGGUUUUUCCUACUUUUUCAAGUUCAUACCAGACAGUCCCACACCGAUGUGUCUACCUGAGGCUGUAGAGAACGUUGCCAUCAGGGUAAACCCUCAGCAUGACAUUAUCAGUUGUGGUGUCGUGGAUAAAAGAGCGUUUAGAGUGGACGAAGAACAUGUCGGGAACCCAAAUCUUCUUCACCAGCCGACUGUCAAAGGUCAUGCUCUGAUUGUUGGUGCUCGGGAACGACAGCCGCUCAUCCUUCCAGUAGUGGCGCAGGUAUAGUGUCAUGGUAAAGUCCUGUUGGACGGCGCAAAAAAAGGGUUAGGGUUAGGUACAUUUGUAAAAUCUUACUUGGGUUAAUGCACUUCAUUGUCAACCACUAAUAUUUAAUCUUGCAACCUGCAAAAUAGCAUACAAACCAAAAAUCAACUUCAUCAUACUCACCAUAUCCACCUCAGAGAUGGUGUCCAGACUUUCAACCUGGACAUCCACACCAACAGGAAUUGGAGGACCUGAAUCAGCAAAGCAUUUGAGAAACAGAAGUGUUAUUUUUCAUCACGAAAGCUUGUUAAAUGUGCUGCUUAGGGGGAUUUUAGCUGUGACAGUCAACAUGACCUUUGCAGGGAUUUUUGGUACAUUUCUUUUUUUGGUGAUUGUUUUUCUAAAAAGGAAUGAUGAAUCACACAGACACAGCGCAAACGUCGGCGCCACGAAUCUGCCGUACAGGCUGGCAUUCUACUUUUGACCUAUUUCCGCCUUUUAUAUUCGGCAUCAUCAUCCUCCAAUAGUACACCAACACAAUUGGGUCACAAUAACAGAUCAAAGUUGAUGUGGCGUUGGAUAACAUCCAACUCUCUCGCAGCUGAGAAGCACUUGAUGUUGGGAAUCAGAUGCAGUGAAAGGAUGCUGUGAGGGUCACAUGGUUUAUUUUCAGAAACGAAUUGUCGUGUGAUUACUCGCAGUUGUGCUGUAAUAUAUCAGCACGCGGUUCUCUGAAAAAAGAAUUCCCUUAUGGAGGAUCUUUUUUUUUCUGUUUGUAGCUAUUUGCCAUUAAAGACAAGAAGAUUAAGAAUCAUUUUCCAUUAUUGUCUUGUGCAAACAAAUGCCUGUGUGACUUUAUCUCAGCUUAAUCCUACAGCCAAAAAAAGCUGACAUGAAAUCCCCGUAAUAUACACUGAUCUAAGGGCAUGUAUUUACACUCUUGUGAUGUAAAGAACUGAGCUGCUGCAAUCGGAAAUUCCAGCACAGCUUGCAUGGAUGGUGUCAUUAAGUUCUCCAAGAGCUUAAUGCACACAGGCUUGGAGCGAUGUCCGCCGCACGGAUCUCAUCCAGCUGCGCCCAUACAGUCUCUGCAGCGUCCUCACUGAGCUGCGAUCACGUGCAGAGGAAUUUCUGAGCUAAACAAACAAAGGAAGAAGUAAACAAAACAGCUUUCUGACCUCCAAAUGCCGGCCUCAUGGUGAAAUCAUGGUCAUCUAUUCUCAGGAGUUGUUCAGACUUGGUCAUUGGAGAUUUUGUCAUAUCUGGGCUGCGCUUGAAAAUUGGGCUGUGAGAGAGAGAUAAAAAUGAAAUAAAAUAGUGAUUCUUCCUCGUUUUGAAAGUAAUUAGCAAAAGAAAAAAAAACAAUAUUUAUUGAUUUUUCAUUAACUUCUAAAGAUUUUUAAAACUCACCCUCCAGGUUUGUGACCUCCACCCCCGUCCAUGUUGGUGUCUCUUCGCAGCCUGUGUGAGAAAGAUAUGCCAGCAGCUUGAUAAAGUAUCAGAGAAUCAAGAUAUCUAAGACUAUAUAACCAUCCUCUCUUUAACCUCCCCUCUAUCUUUUACAAGGUUUCUAUUUUAAGCCACUGACUGAACUCGCAGAGCUUCAACAAGUAGGAGUUAGCUUGAUCAGUUUAUCCACAGAAGACUAUCCUGCUAGGACUUUGAUUAUCCAGUAAUCUUCCUCAGAGAGAAAAGGGAAUCAUUCUCUGCUUCCAGUUUCUGAGAGGAAAGGAUUUAUCGCUUUUCUUUGUCAUCCGUGACUGUAAACUGUGACAAAAAAGGGUUUGGGAGUUUUUAACUGUCAAAAUGAGACAAUAGAAGAUGUCAGCUCUGUCUGGAAGAAGUUAUAAUGACUGUAACAGCUUAAAAAAACAGUUUAUCACUCCCUGUUUAUGAAAUAAAAAGGCCUAUUAUGAAAUGAUCUGCAGACAAACAAAUACAGAGGAAAUCUUUUAUAUCCAAAACAAAAGAUGACUUCAUUUUUGGUCUUAAUCUAGAGUACAUGUGUUUAGAGUCGGAACAAUAAUUUGUAUUAUGUUCACUUUGUAAGUCGAUGUCGCACAUCCUCUUACAUCACACACUUCUGAUCUUUGAAUCGCAUAAAAAGGACAAGAGAACAUUUCCUCAUCAGAUCCUCUUUAGAGAAGGCCAGCUUUACAAUUUACUCACAUUUUAAGAGAGCUGUGCUAGACUAAAGCUGCAUUUUCAGGCCAAAAGCAGAGAGUGUCAGGCAGAGGAAAAAAGAAUUCAAACAGCCCUAAAAUGGAUUAUUAGAGUAGAGCAUGCUGUGACAGACAGGGCCAAAUCCCUGCAACCACCACAGACAUGCAUUAAGAAAACACUACAGAGGAAGAGAAAAAGGGAGGGGAGAGGUGGAGGGACAGCACAAAAAAAACACGACAAGAGCAAAAUGAAACAGUCAGAGAGGGGUUUUUAUUAUGUUGCUGCAGCUUUUUGCAGGGCUCAAUGUGUGCUACUCGUCUGCAUCCAUCCAGCAGCUGGUUCCUAAUCCUCUUGGCAGCAAGGCCUCUCCAAUCCCUCUCUCUGCCUGCCUACAACUCACAGCAGACCAUCGACUGUCUGCACACUGCUAUGCUCUGUGUGGCCCAACACUGCUACUGCUGCUCUGCAGCCAAGGACCUGUGUGCAUUUAUCCCUGUAGGGUUGGGGUCAGGGUUAAAGGGACACAGUUUUACAGACUGAGGCUAUUCCUGACACACUGAGGCCAUUUCAAAUCAGGGGAAACUGAAAAAAAGGGUUCAAAGCUCACAUGAUGUACCAUACAAUAGAUAAGUAACAUGACGUCUUCAGUUUAUCUAUUCUCACAGUUAUAUCAGCACAAAAUCAUUGGCUGUACCAGGCAGCUAAGAGCAGUCGUAAGAGUUUGGGUUUAUUUUUUCUGAGAAUCACAAAAAUCACUAUUUAGCACUUUAAAAUAUGAUAUAUUACUAUAAUUUUCGCUCUGAACUUCAGCUUCUUCUUACAGUUUGCUUAAAGUUCAUGUGAUAGACUAGCCGACUAAUAGCCAGUCAAGCUGAAAUAAGGCAGAUAUUUUAGAGACUAUUACCUCUAUAAAAGUCAGCAAAAGUAGCCUUGAUCAAAGUUAGCCAUGACUAUCACCAGCUAGCUUAGCUUCACUGUUUUUCUGUUUUUGUAGUUGUCAGUUUCUUUUUUUUCCAGAUAUGUUCUUUGAUGAAUUUCUAUCAUUCGAAGUCUUCAAUGUCCUCAAAUAAUGUUGAAUGUGUCAGGAACUCGUUUAAGGGCUUUGGUUACAUCACUUAGAAAAUGCAAUUUAAGGGGCGUCACCCUAUGAUGAGUAAAUAAGUCAACAUUAGUCUCCUCAGUGACAGAACUGACACAUCCAGCAACCCUGACCUCCGUCCUCAACUGGCUUCCUCUCUCUUUCUACUUUCUCUCUACUUUGACCUUCUCAAAUCACAAUAACAUCAGCAGCAGCUAGUCUCAGGAUUUAUCAGCUAUCAUUUCAUUUCCACUCAGAUUAUUUUCUCAUAUGUGGUUAGACAAGCCUGCAGAAAUGUGAACUAGUGACACUAACCCAACCACUAACACUUUCACUACCAACAUCCAGUCUAGACAAGCACCUGCAGAUAGUGCAACCUUACGCAGAAUCCACAAGUAGCCCUACUGUUAUCAUGAAAAUGUGUUGCAAAAAGCUGUUUUUCCAGAGCAACUAUAAGACUGUCUUCAAAAGAGGACAAACUGGAAAAAGAAACUGCAAAUUUAAAGUCAACAACCGGAUUAUGCCUUUGAACAGUAAUAUGCUGCUAUGGCACUGCUGUAAGUUGCACUGAAUUCAGAUAUGUCUUUUUUAUUUUUUUGAGAUGUUGAAGUGUGAAAGAAAACUUAAGGAAGGGAUCUCUGGGAAAAAAUAGCAUGAUUUAUUUGAAGCGUUAAAUAUGUUUUUCUAACCCAAAAAUUCUCCAGCUAGAACAAAAAAACAAAAAUCAUCCUCUAAAACUCAUUAGGGUUUUCCCCUCUGAUGUUUCCGUGUGUGGGACCGUGCUGUCCUACACAAAUCCCUCUUUCCUCGUUCAUCCUCCUCAAGGCGGCGAGUAAAAGAAAAAUCUGAGUAAAGUCGGCUGGUGGAAAAACUCCCACAACCCACACCAGCAGCCUCCAGCCGCUUCAGCAAUUUCACACUCAUGAGAGGAGGAGCGGUGCGGUGAGGAACGAAGAGAGGCAGAGUUUGACUCCCGCAUAAGUACACUCAGAUCCCUCCCCACCUACCAAAAAGAGGAAUGAGAGAUUUACAUUUGAUUUGUAUUCUCCGGCUGUGUGUGUCGGCAGAGAAGAGAGAGAGCUGUGAGCAGACUUUUAACUAGUUUGUGUAAAAGAACAGUGAAGCACAGAUUUGAUAACAAGGGGGAAGCUGGUGUUUGGAGAUUACAGAGCGGCUUUGAGCCACUUGUGCUCUCUUUCUUUUGAAGAUUUUCCACAGAUGAUUACGACCGUGCUCCUCUUAUACGUAAUGAUCAUCUUAAUAACCUUAGGGCUGAGAGGAUCACUUAAAACGGGAGCAAUUUCAUGGAGGAUUGUUUAGAUUUAGCACAAAUGGCCUUUCAAUAAGAUCACUGCUGCUUGACAUGCAAUCGGAUGUUUUUUCAUAUAUGAGAACCAAUAGGUAGAGUAAUGUCAAACACACUCAUUUGACUAAGAUGGAUCAGAAUCUUAAUAGUGACCGGAUUGCUGCUUGACGUCUGAUCUAUAAAUAACGACAGUUACAACAUAAACGGUGGUGCUGCAGAAGGAUUAUCAUUUGACAGGGUUUGUUGAAUAUAUUAAGUGGAUGCAAAUCAUUCAACGCUGAUAGCUGUGUGUGAAGUAUGGCACUGAACUUGGUUUGCAUCUCCUCCAGAGAUUUGUGUAAAGACAGUUUCAGACUAUAGUGCCUCGGGGUAUUCUUGUACUCGGUGCUGAUAAGUUCAAUACAGCAUCUGCUGACAUAAAAGCUAGAAAACAGUACAGUCUACACUCUGUAUUCAUAGGAAAUUUAUAGCUAAAAUGUUAUGUUGUUGUUGACUGGCACAUUGCAGCUCUGCUCAUGGAGCUGAAUAGAUAUUUCAGUCAGUCAAUGAGUGGAUUCAUAGAGUUAUAAAGAUGCAGGUUUCCAGGAAAGAUGAGUAAAAUCAGGAUUUCUAAAGGGCUAAAAUGCCCAAAGUGUCAGGACUGCUGCUUUAUCUAUGACAACCUUUUUACUAUUUUGAUUUUAACUGUGUUCAUUUCAGUUUUCGUGUUUGAUGGUGUAGCACUUUGUGUAGCAUUUGUAGAUUUUUUUUAUAUGAAUAAAUCUGGACUGGAAAUCUUUUACAUUAACUGCUUGGUGGAAAAGAGGAGCAUAUAAUGAUUUCGAACAAGGCCCAUGAAAUGUGAUGUGCUAGACAUUUAUCAAGCACGCAAUAAAGAGAUUAAUUGAGAAAUAAUCCUCACAGUGAUCAAUAAUGAAGGGCAUUAUAAGUUGCAGCCUUAUCUCUAUUCACUGAGCUCAUAUUGCUUUCGAUAGACGUUCAAAGCCAUUAGGGGUUAUUAAUUUAAUUAAAGAACUAGAAUUAAUCCUACUCUCAUAUCUAAACGAAUUUGGAUCAUUUUGCAGCACAGAGACGUUCAUUCUUUCAGUCUUUGGUUUACUCAUCGUGACUCAGUGGCUGGAAUAAUGAUCACAUUUGGUUUUCUAAUAAACCUCAAGGAUUACGUUAUAACACUGGACUGUAUAGGCACAGUUCUGCCAUUUUAGGGAUGUUCAUGUAUAACUUUUCACACAGUAAAUUAAUGUCAUCCCUAUCUGUAUUCAUUUGUAUUUGUGUUAAUAGUAUAAAGAAAUCCUCUUGGUAUCAGACUGUUAUUAGUAUGCAACAUUUGUGACUUGAUACUUUUAGCCCUCGGCAAAGGUUUAAAAAUAAAUGGAAUAAUCUGCACUAAUAAUCCACUGGCUGUUUUUCUAAAUGCUCUGAAGUGAAAUAGCCUCCAGGUGUUGUUGCAUCUGUUGAACAUAACUGGCAGUAUUUAUCCAAGAAGUCUCUAUUCCCUAGCUUUUAUGAAAUUGGUGCCUAGUUCUUUGUUUAAUUUAAAAGUAAUGUCGUAUUAAUUGUUAUAAAAACAUAUAUCCUACUAAACCAACAAAAGAAGUCCUUUUUUAAUUCACCUCUAAAGUCUCUUUUUGUUGAAUCAAUUCUUGGGGGAAAUUUUGGACGCUGUAACUCUUCCCAAAUCUGGUUCAGUCCUCCCUGAAACACUUAAUCCAAAGGGUGCAUUGACGACGGAGCAAUUAGCCCAAAUAGUCACCUGAAAAUGACAUUGACUACAACUGCUGGCGGUGGGGCAAACAGUCAUUAACUGGCCUGAGGCAGUUGUGGGGCAAGAGAACACAGCUUUCACUAGUAGUACAUAAAUAGAUGUAGGGAUUUAGGUCUCCCUCUCUCCCUCCCUCUCUCUCUUUCUCUUUCUCUCUCUCUCUCUCCAAUCUGCCAUCUGAAAAAGUCUUUUUUUCAGAGAGGGAGGGGGCAGCACAGGUGACUCAGGAAACACCAGACAACAUCAUGUAAACAUUAAAAUACUGCAUCUCUUAAAAGAAAAUAAAUACAAAAGAGGUUCAGACAUAAAGAGCAGUUAAAAAAACAACAACCUUAUAUUCCAUUUAAAAAAUAAAAGCAUACAAUCUGGGGUUUUUCUUUGGUAUAUCAGUGAUUCCUUGGGCAGUACCUGCUCUGUUUGUAGGUCUCCAGCUUGUGACCCCUCGGCUGGACCAUCUUCCCCGCUGCACCAACAAGCCAAAUGCAGAAGAGCACAAGUACAGUAUCCACCUGCAUGGUUCACAUUCCCCAGAGAACGGAUCUCUCCUGUCAGUCAGAAUCGUCUCCCCUGCAGGGUUUGGAUCACUCUGCCGUCCUGUGACAUCCCCCUCUCCAGCUCCGGAGCCGAUAAGAGAGAAGAAACAGCAGCAGCAGCGGUGGCAGCAGCAGCAACAGUAGCAGCAACAGCAGCCUCACUAUUCUACGGCCCGAGUAGAAAACAUCCUACGGUGCUUAAUCUCCACAGUGGGAAAAGCAAUUUUGACUAAACCCAUAAAUCCUUGAGCGUCAGAUGGUACAGAUUUGAUCCCUGCAGCAGCAGCAGCGGCGGAUGUGCCUGCCUCUCUGUGCUCUGCUCUGCUCAGAUAUCCUGCACUCUGAUGUGCUCUACUCCACUUUGCACCGCCCAGAAACACCAAUUCGUACAAUGAUGCAGCACGCCUCAUUUGUAAGGUCAACGGUUUAGAGAGGCUGUGCCUUUCUCAUGUGAGUUGAAGCUCCUCCUGAGGCUUCAGUCAGAAUUUUUUUCACACACAUCCACAUUGAUGCUCCCUGAUAUUUGCAGGAUUUCAUUCUGGUAAACUUUAAAUCUAUUUUCUUAAUGUAAAUUGUAUUUUAUUCAAUGUAUUCUCUCGAUGAUGAUUAAAAGAACAUUUAUGGAUGCUGUAGAAAAUUAUACCUUGAAUUGAAGUCGGCAAUAGAGAUGAGGUCACUGUUUUAGAGUUUUAUUUAUUAUGUAAAAAAAAAAAAAAAAACUGUCUGUGAGUUUAAACCAUUUUUUGCUGAGAUGUCAUUCCUCUUUAUUUAGGAUUAAAGAUAAAAAUUCACUCAUUCGUUUAGUCCAAACAGACAGCAGGCAACACCCGUCUCGCCUUUCCACGCCCAUCUAAAGGCGAUGAAUAAUGUGUCUGUAAAGUGUUUGUUUUUCUUUUCCUCUGUGUCUGUAUUUAGCAACACACUAGAGGCUGCACCACAAUACGUCUGUCAAAGCGCGCUGUCUAUCUGAACAAGCCAAUCAGAAAGCUCCUCAGCACUGACGUGAUUGUCAUCCAGGCCAUGUGUCACUCUUUCUUUUUUCUUUUUUUUUCAGCAGACUACAGACAACAGUUGGAUUAUAAGAUCAUGAAUUUGGGUUAGCUCCAUGAAUGUCAAUCUGAAAAUUGGUGUAAGUAAUUUCAGGCGUCAUUUUAGGUUCAGGUUUGUGUACAGGAGUCUAGAUGAUGGAGAAAAUCCCUGCGGCUAUGACUUUAAUUGUUUAUGGCCAUGUUGUUCAAUGAAAGGAGGCUGUUGAACAUUGAUUAUUUGUACAAGAGAAACUUAAACUAAUACAAUAACAGUUAGAAAACGGAGUAAAAGAUGAUGGAUAUAUGCUUUGUAAGUACACCCACCUUCCUUCCCAUUUGUAGUUUUGGAUUUUUUAGGUGAAAAUACUACAUUUUGUCGCAAUGAUCAUGGAUGUUAGAGGGAAAUGGGAAUCCCCCUCCCUUUGACUCUGCAAAGUCAGCAGAAAUAGUUUAGAUCCGCAGAAGACGUCGGAUAUAAACGAUUUCUGCCGAUUUUGCAGAGUCAACUGCAGAAUUAACGGCUGCUGCCAGCCCUGUUCUGAAUGAACAGGGCUUUGAAAAGUCCCGCAGCAUGUGUUAGACAUCGCCACUACACAUGGACCAAUCAGGGGCUGCCUUUCCCUGUUGUCCGGGUAACAGUGGAAACACGGUCUCUGAUUGGCCAGUUUAUUUUCUGAUUGGGAAUACACGUUCCCUAUGGGCCGAAGUCCAGACUGUGGUGGAAAGGAACAUCAAGUGAUUCACGCAACAGGAUGGCCCGGCCAGGCUAGCUCCAACUAUCAGAUAUCACACCACCAAGCCCCCUGAGAAAGCUUUUUUCUCCAGCUGGUUGGUGAACCUCAAGAGAAACAUCAGAUUUUGUCCUGACACAGUGGACAAACUCUUCACCCUUUGCAUGACUUUUGAGCUGACGGGAUAAGGGUCUCUGGUUUGGGGGUUUCACAAUGUCAUUAGGGCAUUUUAGAGAUGAGUGCAAAGAAGAUAGGAUGAGCAUCUACACUUCCAAGUCCUAGGUUAUGGUUCUCUGCAAGAUAACAGCAGGUUGCUUCAUAGACUGUAUAUAUACUAUGGACAACUUGGUUCCGCCUUCCGUCAGUAUACAGAUCUGAAGCCAAAAAGCUCUCGGUAAUUCUGCAAUUUAUCUCCACUUCCUGAAACCAACAUUGCGCAGUAGCGUUGUACGCAUUCCACCACUUGCGCAGUAGCAUUGCGUGCAUUCGGCGGUAGAGUCGCCAAGAGUUGCUGUAAUGAUGCUUGGCUCAAACAGCAUCUCCCUGGGUGAGCUACGCAAUCCUUGUGUGCCUAUAGGCUGUAUCAGGUGCCAAUCAUAGAAAACAUGAACCUCCUAAUAACUUAAAAACUGAGCUGUACAGAAAAAAGAGGACUUGAGCACAAUUUCUAAAAAGUUGACUGGCUGGCGAUCCAAAGCAACAUUUGAUGUUGCAGGAUGAAUAAUCCUAGUGUCAAAUUCAAAUUCAACUUUAUUUGUAUGGCACUUUUCAUACAAAAAAUGCAGUUCGAAGUGCCUCACAGAGGCUAAAAAGCAACAAUUAACAACAAUAAAACCUGACCCUCCCACCCACACACACACCAGUAGACCCACACCCACACAAAGACACACACCCACUCUCACUCACUCACCCAAACAUACACACACACAACCGCACACAGUGUGAGAAUUUAAAAUGUAUUGCUAGAGAGACAUGGCCUGACACUGAGACAUUACAUGAGGAAAGAGUUACCUUUAGGAAACGCUGGAGAUAAAAAAUAGAGAUAAAGAUGGUGAAAAGAAAGAAUAAAACCUGAUGGACUAAAACAAGAAAAUAAUAUUAAAUGAACAGAUAAGUAAAAGCUCUUUACCAUAUAAAAAAGGGGUAAAAGAAGUAAAAACCUGUGACGAGAAUUAAGAAAAAGACUAAGAACAGCGAUAAUUAAUAAAAAGACAUAAAAUAAACAAUAAGAACUUUGAUUAAAAUGAACAUUUGCAAUAAGAGAAAUAUAAAAAGGCAGUUAGUAAAAAGCCUUGUUAAAAGCUGAGUCUUGAGUGCAGUGCAAUCAUAAUUUCUCUUUUAUGGUGUCUAAUAUCUGUAAGAUAUUGUGUCAUUGUUUUGAGUUAAACCCAUAAUAAUAAGCUAAAAUUUGAUUUCAAAUCAUUAAAAUAUCUCGAGUUGUAUUUUAUUUGCUUUACAGAAAUAGGUCACGAAGAGCUGUAUAGCCUCGUUUGUUAAUAAAUUAUUUUAAAAAAUGUAGUAAAAUUCAUUUUAUACAGCACAUUGUAGACUUUCUUCACCAUUGUGUACCAAUUCGAGAACCAGUUGGGGCAUGUACACAGUCUUGACAAUUUUUGAUACUUAAUGCAAUCUUACCUCUUCCACUUUUCCACCUGAGAGGAAAUAAAACAUGCUCUUUCUGUUUUUCUGAGACUUUUUGUGAGAGAUUCAUGGGCAUAAGACUGUAAGGAGCUGCUGUUAAGUCACUCAACUACUUCUUCUGCCUCAUGUUUCUAUGUGAUACUACGUCAACGUGCAGCGAUAGCCAAUGAAUGGCCUCUGCGUUAACUGCUUGCUUUUUAUACCCGAUACCCAAGCUGUCAGGCACACUAGCGACCUAUAGUUCCCAGCACACAAAGAUAGGAGACAAAUGUUGUUCCAGUGCUACAUUAAAACACUCAAGGGGGGUUUAAAGAUCGGGGAGUCACUAACCUUUGAAAAGUAUAUAAACAGGGGGAGUUUUGUGCCUGCAAGGGUAACAUCUGGGGAAAAUUUCGCACUAAGUAGCGAUCUGACGUCACUACGUUACGUGUUCAUGGCGGGGGUUUGUAAAACUUCCUGUUCACUGUUAGCUUAUUUGUUCACUUUGCUGCAAUAUUUGGUAGGAAUGUGAACGCGAUCGGUUGUAGAAAUCCAAGCGUUAGCAUUGAUAAACGUAAAUCAAUAAAAAUGAAGUAAAACUGAGAUUUUUAAAGGUUCUGUAAUGCGUUUGCAGUCGGCUGUGUGGCGCUAAGCUAAAGUAUUGCGCGGUGAGUUGUCACUUGUUUCGUCUGGAAGUUUGCGCCGCUGCUGCACAAAGAUGAGCUCUGCACGGGAAAUCAAACGUGAGUGUUGAUAAGCUUUAACGCAGAUUUCGAGCUAAAAGCCAUUUUUGUAGUAAGUAUUUGGUCUUUUAUUGUGAUCGUGUGUAUUCAGAGCUGCAGAAAGCGAAGAGCAAAGCGCAGAACAACAACAACUUAAAAGAAGAGGCCAAUAUCUGCAAUCAGCUGGGAGAGCUAUUGUCCAGAAAUGGUGAGUGUUUAUCUAUGAUAUCAUAUUUACAUAAGCCCAUCUGCUUUACAGGUGUUAGAGCUGUUCACCAUAUAUCUUAGUUAAACUGGACAUGUGUAUAUGACUGGCAGCAGAGUCACGUCAUUUGUAGGGCUGCUUGAUUACGGACAAAAUCAGCCUCAUUAUUUUGAUUAUAGUGAUCACGAUUAUUCAACAGAUAAAAAAUAUAUGUAAUGCAUUGAUCAUUAUUUGAAAAAGUAUUUCUUAUCCCAUUGCCCCACCAAGUAUACACAGUGUAUUUCUAUAGCAUACCACUGCAUAGCUACGGUGGCCAAGAACUGCCACUGCUGCAAAUUAAAAAAAAAAAAAAAGGAUGCAAAAAAAAGAAACCGAAGCCUGUUGCAAAUUUAAAAAAAAAAAAAAAAAAAAAAACAGUGUAGAUUUAAAAAAAAAAAAAAGAAAAGGCACAAUGGAAGCUAAUGACACAAAAAUAAAGUGGUGAUGGGAAAAAAAGUUACUUACUGUGAAAAUAAAAGGAUGCAAAAGCAAAGAAGUGGAAAGGUUAUUGUUUAAAUUCGCUUCGUAAACUUUUCAAUGUUUCAUUUGGUUAGUCCAUGUAGCGCCUGAGUCAAUAUGAAGUUGAACUGAAGCUAACACUACACCAGCAUCCUCCAGAUCAACUUCAUAUCGACUCAGACGCUACAAGGCCUAACCAAUGAAACAUUGAAAAGUUUACGAAGCGAAAUUGAACAAUAACCUUUCCACGUAUUUUUUGCUCAUCUUCUCGCCGUCGUCUUCUGUGACUAGAUCAUAAAACACUGGUGCAUCAUCAUUAUUGGUCCCUGGCAGCUCACUUUCAUUGUGGCUAUUUUUAUUUGCAUCCUUUUAUUUUCACAGCAAGUAACUUUUUUUUUUUUUUUUUUUGCAUUGGUAACUUCUGUUGUGGCUUCUUUUUUUCUUUUUUAUAUGCAGCAGUGGCGGUUCUUGGCCAUCGUACAUAUCUACCGAUACUCCAGUCUAUUUUCUAAACCGUAUCAUGAAGGAUGACUUGUGUUUUAUUGGUUUUCUUUAUGAUUCUCUAUUUCAGGGGAUUAUGAGGCUGCCAUCAGGGAGCACCAGCAAGAGUUGGCGCUCUCUGAGGUGCUGAAUGAUGUCAUUGGAAGAGCUGUGGCCAAUCGUAAGAUAGGAGAGUGCUAUGCAGAGAUGGGCAACAUCGAAGCUGCUUUGAAAGUUUGUGGAUUUGCCUGCUUUUCCUGAAAUGACUGUUAAUGCCACUUUCAUUGACAGUGUAGAUGAAUUUAUUAUCAUUGUUGUAUGAGUCUAAGACAGAAAUUAUCCUGUUUGGAGGACACACCUCCACAGCCUACUCUGCUGACAUCCUGGACCCUCUGAGUUCCAACGUUCAGUCAACUGUAAAGAGUCUUGGCCUUAUUUUUGACAACCAGCUUAAACUUGAUAGGCAGAUCGGUGUUGUUGUUAAAACAAGUUUUUUUUCCAGUUCCGUCUUUUAGCAAAGACUAAAAAUUAUUUUUUUAAAGGCUGAUCUUGAAAAAACUAUUCAUGCCUUUAUAACUUCACAAAUAGAUUACUGCAACUCCUUGUAUGCAGGCUUGGACAAGUCAUCAAUCAACCGCCUUCAGUUCAUCCAAAAUGCUGCUGCUCGACUCCUCUCUGGCAAGAAAAGCGCAACCACAUAACACCAAUUUUAGUGAGCCUUCACUGGCUCCCAGUCUGCUUUCGCAUUGAUUUUAAAUGUCUUUUAAUCGUUUUUAAAUCCCUCAAUGGUCUUGCCCCUCCUUACCUGUCAGAGCUCCUGUAUCACCACCCCCCAGCCAGAGCCUUAAGGUCCUUUGACCAGUUGCUGUUGAGUGUCCCCAAAGCCAGACUCAAGUCUAGAGGUGACGCCCCUACACUGUGGAACAGUUUACCUGGCCGUAUUAGAGCCUCACAGACCUUAGAGUCUUUUAAAUCAUCCUUAAAGACCCACUUUUUCUCCCUUACUGUCAGUAUUUUAUUCCACUGUUUUAAAUUUUAUUGUUUUAUUGUCAUCUAUUUAUUCACUUCUCUUAUUUAUCCCAUCUACAGCAUUUUGUUUGACUUCUUCUGUCUUUUUAAAAGUGCUUUGUAACUAAACUUUGACUUGACUUGUCUAUAUAUGUAUUUAUUUUUAGCAUUUUAGGGCAUUUUGAUCCUACUGCUAAGGUUGCAUACGUGCGAUUCAAACAAAGGGGACAAUAUCAAGCUAACACAGAAGGAUGAUAAGAAAAAUGCGAGGGCUUAUACUGUAUUUACUUUUUUAGCAUCAGCGCUGCCACCUGGACCUGGCUCGCUCAGUCAGAGAUCAUGCUGAGGAACAAAGGGCGUUGGCAACUAUAGGUCGCACCUACCUCUUUUGCUACGAAUCGGACCAGUCAAGGAAAAGUUUAGAGCAAGCAGAGGAUGCCUUCAAGAAGAGCCUGGCUAUCGUGCACGACCGUCUAGAAGGUCUGUACUGUUUGACUUUGUGCUUCGUCCUGCUUUUUCUGCUCUGAAUAGAGUGUUUGUAUCUUCAUGUUUUCACUUUGGCAUUUAGGAUGUGUAUCAGGGCGAGAGAUAAGUGAGAUGAAGGCCCGUCUCUUCCUGAAUCUUGGUCUGGUCUGUGAUCAUCUCGGGGAGCCAAAACGAUGCAGCGAGUUUAUCCGACGCAGUGUCUUCAUCUCAGAGUAAGAACGUAUUAAAUCAUACUUUAAUGUAACAUUUCGUGGUUUGGUGUGGAACAACAAUGUAUCAGUCUGGGUAAGUGCUGUUAUCGAUGAGAUGGUGUUUUUCUCCACUGUCUUCGUGCUCAGGAAGGGUCAGCUGCUUGAGGACCUGUACCGCGCCAACUUCAAUCUGGGCAACAUCUACUUCCGUAACAGUCAAAAGUCUAACGCAGUGCGCUGUCUGGAGCAGGCCAAAGAGUGUGCGAGGAAAAUCAAAGACAAGUUUAGCGAGAGCGAGUGUUUUCACUGCAUUGGAAAGGUAUCACACAAGUGUUUCACUUCAGCUGUCCUUCACUGUCACGUUGGUGCUCUCCUGUGUAACAUGUACAACUCAGUGACUUUAAUGCACAGGUGCAGCUGUCUCUUGGAGAUUUCGUAGCAGCCAGACGAUCCCUGAAGAAAGCUCUUAUGUUGGGUUCCCAGCAGCCUUUGGACAGGCAGGCAGUGAAGAAAGCUUUCAAAUAUGGUAAAGGAGUUUGUGUUUCUCCUCAUUCUCAUUCAAUUACUUGUUCAACACGUUUCCACAAACAUUGCCCAUUUGACGGGGGUGUUUUUCAUUUUAAAGCUGACCAAGGAUGUAAAUUAGAGGAGGAGUUUGGGGAGGAUCAGGGGAAAAAACUCAGCCCCCAUCAGGCUGUAGGGUUGGCAGAGCAGCUCGGGGACCUUUACUGUAAAGUUGGCUGCUACAGCAAAGCUCUGGAUGCUUAUCAAGCUCAGGUAAAAAAACAAAAAAACAAGCAAUACUUCAGCCACCUGUAAUCACUACAUUCAACUUUGAAGCUGUUUUAGUUAUAGGAUUAAUGUUGUUUGCUUCUGUCUGCUUGGUGUAGCUUAACAGUGCUGAAUCAGCAGGGAAGCCUGCUAGAGAGCUGGCUGUCAUCCACGUGUCCUUGGCUGCAACUUUCGCAGACCUGAGACAGCACAGUAAGGCUGUGGAGCACUACAGACAAGAGCUGGCUUUACGACAGGGAAGCUCAACCGAGGUACACAUGCUCCACCUGUAUCUUCACCCACCACCGCAUAUGGGAUAUUUUCUGAUUGGCGACAGGAAAAUUAUGUUUAGCUCGAUGGAUAUACUUGAGUCACAUGUAAAUCAUGUAUGUAAUAUACAUUAUAAGGCUCAAGUCCCCACUUAAAUGCUACUUAUUUCAAAUAUACAAUUACUUUCUACUUGAGUGAUUUUUUUUUACCUUUUAAAAAGUCAAACUGUCGCAAAUAAAUCACAUUAUUAUCAAAGCUUACAAUUACAUAUUUUGUUUGAGAUUGGCCUUACUUUAGCAUUAAUAAAUUAACUUAUUUAUCUGUAUCAGGAGUGUUGCACAUGGCUGAACAUCGCAGCAGCUCAGGAGGAGAGCAGCUCUGCUUUUGAGGAUAUCAACGGCAGCUACAGAACAGCGUUUCACCGUGCUCAGAAAUCUGGGCAGGCCAGACUACAGGUGAGUAUAAACUGCAAAAACUGGACUGGAAAGGAAAAACCUCAACUAGGUUUUAAGGCUAACUAAAGAUACUUGAAGAAAACAUUAUGUUGUGCAUGGAUCUUUGUUUUUCUUUUUGCAGAAACGUGUCCUGAGACUCUGGCUGGCGUCCCAGAGACGAGGUCGUUCAUCCGAGGCUGACGACACAGAGGCGUUGCUGCAGGAGCUGUGUGCUGCUGAGGGUUGGAGUCCAGAUAACAGUGAUGGUGAGGAGGAUGAAGAGGAGGCAAUGGACAACAGCGAACCUCUGGAUGACAGUGAUGUCAUUCUCUCAGACUCUGGUACAAACUGAAGUUUUACAACAACGUGUAAAUUAUUUCAUGUUUGGCUUCCUGCAUAUCUUAUAGGAACUUUGGUUUGCUUUUCAGAUGAUGACUUGGAGGGUUACGACAAGAUGGUGUCAGGAAGAAGGAAGGCAGGAAGAGUAAGACAUUUAUCGGUUAUCACUUUGCAUGAGCUGAACUGUCUUGAUUCUUUAGUGUCGACUGUUUUACUCUUAUUUGAACUAUUUUUUUCUUUUCUAGUGGAACAAGAGGAAUGAGAAGGGUGAGACGUCUCUGCACAGAGCGUGUAUAGAUGGAAACCUGAAGCAGGUCCAGUACCUGGUAGAACAGGUGAGAAAAAAAGAAACAAUACGAGUAAAAUCCUCAGUAAACUGUGCUCAGUUGGAGUUCAAUAAAGACACCCUUGUACUUGAUCUUCUCGCAGGAGCUUGUCAAAUAUUAACUCUACAAGAACGUGCUUUAGCUGUCUCUGCUUGAAGAGGAGCUGAGUGUCUCUGAAGAAUUUUAAAGAGUAAAAUCAGACACUGAAAACGGUCUUGCUUGAUGCUUUUUAAUGCUAAUGCUUUUGAUGCUUUUUUGUACUUCAGGGCCAUCCUGUUAACCCGCGAGAUUACUGUGGCUGGACUCCCCUUCAUGAGGCCUGCAACCAUGGUCACUAUGGUAACUGCUUUAAAUUUUUUUAAGGGUGUACAGAAUAAUUUACCAAUGCAGCUUCUGACUUUAAUAUCAGUCAUAAUCUAAAAUUUCAGUCACAGACUGAUGUAUUUUUCUACCUCAUAAUUUAAAUAAAACACACCUAAAUAUGUUACAGGCUAGCCAUGUACAUUAGAUUUUAAUGUGUUUUUAAUAACGAGUGUAAUCAUUAAAGUGUUGUACUCACACGAAUGAAAAAAUGAUAUUGCCUGUGAACAUUUGCCCAUUAACAGACGUGCUCUUUAAUCAGCAUCAAGUGACUGGAAGGCAGAGAGAGUGCACCAAAAUCUAAAUAUAUCACUCGUCAUUCACUGUGUCAUCCUAUACACGUAAACUAGCCUGCCCGAGGGAGCCGAAUAGUAGAUUAGAAUGUUUGGUUUAGGGCGAGUAGCCACAUUCCAAUAGACUUCAGCUACUCUGAUUGUCCAUCCUGGUCUCUAUAUCGAUCCAUUUUCUUCUGCAAAGUCGAAAGCCUCUCCAAGAUGGCAUCUCCCUUGCGAUCCACAGUCAUGACUUUUUGGUCAAGACUGGAAACUGUCCCAGAAAGAGUUCCUACGGCUUUGCCCACCUCAAAAAUCAUGACGGGCAGCUGGAGGAUCUCAACGCCAAGCAGAAGAAAAAAGAGGACCAGAGGCGAGCAGAUUAAUCGAGUCAAUACUGAGAUCAUAUUGGCCAAAGAGCGGAGGAAGGAGGAGGAGAAGCUGGCUGACAUUAAAGACAGAGGAUAUAAAGAAUUGAGUCAUUGAGUCUUCUUAAAUCUUUGGCAGUUAAUUUGCGUCUUUUUUUCUCAACACGUUCUUUCGACCCUGUUGACUAUAUGCAUCAAAAUGUUUGAUGGUUCUGUGAUCACGCCCCAAUAUCUAAGCAAUUUCAAGAGUGCUGCAUCCCUCUGAAAGACUUUCAGAGUCAUUUAGAUCUCUUUUUUGGCCCAUUUUACCUGAGGAAAAGAAGCUGCCUAAUAAUUAUGCACACCUUGAUAUAGGGUGUUGAUCUCCUUAGGCCCCAGCCUCCCUCAUUACACUAAUACACAUUACCUGAUAUGCUUAUAUCCAAUAAGCAUUCAAGUUUAUACAGCUUGGAGUUGGAAAAUAUGCAUAAAAAUGAUGAUAUGAUCAAAAUACUCACUUGCCUAAUAAUUGUGCACACAGUGUCUUUGGUCAGCAGUAAAAAGGUUGACCAGAAUAGUAUAUUUUUUAGUUUUAGUGUCUGAUGUGUUUUCUUGGCACCAUUUUUAACCGGAUGUCAGGUUAAAAUGGUUUUCAGACCAUCAGAUUCUGCUUUUAUAAUCGCUUUACUUGAUGUGGGAAGUUACAAGUUACUUUUUCUCAUCCAGACAUUGUGGCUGUGCUGCUGGAGCGUGGAGCUAACAUCAACGAUCCCGGUGGUCCUCUUUGUGAGGGGAUGACUCCUCUCCAUGAUGCGCUUGCUUGUGGCAGUUUACCGGUGGCAAGGCUCUUGGUGGAGCGAGGGGCUUCUGUCACCUUACGCAACUCCAAGGUGUGUGUGUGGCCUGCUUGUUUGUGACAGACGCUGUUAUGGUUAAUAUUGCAAACAACCAUGUGAACCUCAGCAAAUGCGGUUGCAAUUCACCUCACCUUUGACCUGCAAGUUUUCCUGUAAAAUUGUUAGUUUUAAUGACUCCCAAAAGAAAAAAAAAACUGCCCCAUCUGAAUGUAGUUAAUGCUUUUAUCCAUUUCAUGCCUCAACCUCUAACCACAGGGUGACACGGCCUUGGACACCCUCCGUCAGUGGCAGAGGACAUACAGCAAAGAGCUGGACCACGACACUAAGCAGGAGUGCAUCACCACGGAGAGACUGCUGAGAAAGGCCCUCACGGGAGGAAGUAAUGGCCUUUUGAUCAUUGUAACUGUUUAGCCUCGGUUUGCCUGUUUUAAAAUAUCCCCUCACAUACAGUUUUAUCUCCUGUGACACAGUCCCUGCUGCUGCAGCCCCAGCCAAGCCUUUUGAUGCCCUGCAGGACAGCCAGCUGUUUGAUGCUGAGAACUCGGAGCCGCUGUCGUGCUCUGGAGUGGGCUAUCCCCUCAGCCAAGACUGGCCUCAGACUAACAGGAAAUCAGAGGUUAAAGCUGCCAGCCCUAAACAGAAGCAGAGCAAUGGUUCGACACAGCGGUACAGAGCCAGGGGAACAGAGGCUAAUGUUCUGUAUGGGGUAAAUUCAGACAAUGCUUCAAACUGCAUCGUUUCAUCGAAAUCAUUUCUAAAUUUUGAUUAUCUCAUCCAUAAUCAUUGUAUCUUGUUUUUUUAGAAUGACAGCAGCUCCUCAGAUGACUCCGACUUGGACAGUCCAGUCAGCCCUCUUCGUCCUGUCCGCCCAAGAGAGAGUUUCCCCGCAGCCUCAAAUAAUAAAGAUAUUCCCACAAACAGGGAAGCCAGCUCCAUCCCAAACUCAGGCCGGGAGAGUGUCAGGGAGGCUCCUGCGCCGUCCGUCUUCGCCCGAGAGGAGUACCACAGUGCCAUCAGAGGUUUGGGCAGCGCCAAGUCUCGUUUCCAGGGUCUAUCGCAGCCUCAAUUCUCCAGCACACAGACUGUCUCCUCCAGCAAAAAAUCAGCCCUGGUCCCUGAGGAGGAGUAUCUGGCUGACGACUGGCUAGAGGAUGAUUUGGGAGACUUCCAUCCCAAGAAGAAGAGGAAGAUUCAGCAACAAAAUGGGAUGAGAGGAGAGGAUGUUGAUAUAGCUUCAUCAGGAAGAAAUCAGAACAGGCACUUGAGCUCUGACAAGUCCUGCAGAGGUAAUAAUGAGCCUCAUUUUACUAAACUUCACUGUCUUUGAUUAUUUUAUCUUCAUUAUGCUCCUUUUUUUCCCUCUUAUAGGCCCUGCAGUUCCUCCCUCAUCCAGCAGAGGUCUCUCUCUGAAAAAGAAUUGCUCUGUGAAGCCCCACCAGGUGAAAAUGACUCAGAUGCCAGGGAUGGUCAGGUUGGGGAGACGAGAGGUCAACAGGUCACACAGCCCCACGGUUACGGAUGACGAUGACGAGAGAGUUGAGACACCUCCACCUCAACAAAUACACAUCCAGGUGAGGGAGGGAGAAUCUGCACACAGCUCUUUAUUCUGAUGAGUUAUGGGCAGAAGAAUCCUAAAAAGUGCAUCAAAUGUGUUUUAUAAUAAAUUGUUUUGAGACAAUAGGAAGUUCUGAAGUUCACAUGAGUCAAAGUCAAUACUCUGAGAGGCAGCACAUUAUUUAUUCAGGACCACAUGCAGAGGAAGAUGAAUCAUGUCACUGCAUCACCAGGAGCCAUAACCGGGACGUCAUUUGUCAGGAAUCUGUCUUGUUUCUUGUUUAACUUUUAACAAUGAUGAAUGGGAGGUAAAUGAGGAGGAGAUGAUAAAGAGGGUUGUGUCAUUUCAGAGGCUGGCUGCAGUUUUUAAUACCACCACCUUUAAUUUUAAAACCGAUCUCCCUCUGUGUUUUUAUGUCAUACCUGUGCAUUUGUCACAACGUAGUCUCUGAUUCAGCAUUUAGAAACCAAUGUCUUAAGGUGACCAUACAUACCCUUUUUACUGUCUGGGGUUUCGUAUGGAAGCCCGUUUCCACCAGUGAAAAAAAAAGGUUGAGAUAGAAUCAAAAAAUAAAGAAAAGGAAGAAAACCGGAAUGUGUAUUCACUCAUUAUAAAGCAGUGUAUCAGUGCUCUCUGCUGCUCUGCUCCUCCACUGACGCGACGUACGCAUGCACUGUCUUUGGGAAUUCAGAAUCUGCAUUUAACUGAGUUUGAAGUGCAUAAAAAAACACUCAACCUGACCCAAAAAAAUGCUAAAAAUUUUGUGCACAACUUCUUCCCGCGUAGUAGUGUCCUCUUUUUUAGGAAUUCAGAAUAUGGUCACCCCAACUCAUCCACCCCUGUUAACUCAUCCACCCCUGUUAGAGCCACAGUCACUUACAUGGACUAGCCUGCCAUUCCUACAUUGUUGUUAUAAAUACGGGUACACAUGCUUAGGUUGUAAUUAAGUUAUAUUAAGCACAUAUAAGUAACAUACAAUAUUUUUAUCACUUUUGCACAUUUCUCCUUUGCACAUCUACACUUACAGAUUCAUUCAUCUUAGCACAUACUAUUUAAGUACUCAUAUUCAUUCAUUAUCUUGUAUAGUCUUGUAUAUUUUAUCUAUUUUUUGUAUUUCUCUUGUAUUGCUUGUAUCGGCUACUACAACAACCGAAUUUCCCCUCGGGGAUUAAUAAAGUUCUCUAUCUAUCUAUCUAUCUAUCUAUCCCAAAAAGUGUUCCUGCAAUAGGUGCAUUUAGGAUGAGCACGACUCUGAUUACCUUUACAGGAGGUUUAAAGUGUAACAAGGGCGUAAAUAUUGAAUCAGCAGCGUAAUAUUUUGUUUGUAUCCCUUUAAAAGAAAAUUGUGGUUAUGUUUUAGAAGUACUCUCUGUUUUGUGUGUGUGUGUUUUUGUUAACUUUUAUUGAUUAUAUUUCAGCAUCAAGCACCAGGUUUGUCUGCUUCCAUGCCCACGUCGCUGCCCCCACCAAUCAGGAUGAGGGUCAGAGUUCAGGAGGACAUAUUCCUCAUCCCAGUUCCUCAAAGGUUGGUGUGGUCCUCAAAGUUUAUUCUGAACAAGAAGAAGAUGAGGUUGAUUUUCUUGAGUGAUAGUCCUUGUUAAUGCUUUGCUUUGACUCCAUAGUGGUCAUUCACAACCUCUACACAUUGUCUUGCAGUGAGGCAGACUCCUGCACGGUGUCCUGGCUGUGUGAUCAGGCCGCUCAGCGCUACUAUCAGAAGUGUGGCCUCCUGCCCCGCCUCUCCCUGCAGAAAGAAGGUGCUCUGCUCUCCCCACAGGAUCUGCUGCUGGCCGUCCUCCACACUAAUGAAGAGGUGAGGACAAAAACUAAGAAACUGGGUCAGAAAGAAAAAACAGUUUGAAGAUUUUUUCAAUCAAAAAUAAUGGGAGUUUUUUUGUUUGUUUUGUAGGUUCUGGCGGAAGUUUGCUCCUGGGAUCUUCCUCCUCUCCCUGAGCGCUAUAAGAAGGCCUGUCAGAGCCUGGCAGCUGGUGGGCAACGCACAGAGCCACACAAACCCAGAUCCAGACUCUAUUAGCUUGUCAUUAACCACUGCCCUCUUUUUGUGUGCCUGCAGAUGAGAAUAAGCGUGUCACUCGGUUGUGCGAGGUGCAGGACGGGUCCUCGUCAGUGUCAGUAUGCGGCCUCAGUUUGGCUCCUCCUUCCCUCAGUCCCCUUCUACGUGCACUAAAACUGCAGGCCAGCCUCACUGAGCUACGCAUCUCCGGGAAUCGUCUACAUGACAACCUUCUUCCUGAGCUGGUUGCGACAACCAUCACCAUGCCUCGGCUUCGGCUGCUGGACAUUUCUGCCAAUCGUAUCACGGGGGAAGGGCUGGAGAAGGCGGUGAACGCUCUGAAGGGACACAGCCAUCCUGCAUUUCCGGUAAUGAGCUGAAAGAGCAAAGAGACGUCUUUUUGUCCACAGAUGGGCGUCAACACUUGCACAAAACAAAAGUUCCUCACAGCAGCUUUUAAGUUUGGUGUUUUCAAUCAAAGUAACUGAGGAUGAGAGCCGCAUCACCAAAAAUGCAGAACUGGGGGUGCACAGAUGGCUAAGCGGGUUAGCGCGACCCACGUAUGGGGACCACGGUCCUUGGGGGAGUUGCAGGUUCGAGUCCGGCCCCGACCAUGUGCUGCAUGUCCUCCACACUGUCUCUGUCUAUAUCUCCACACUGUCCUUUCCAUAAAGGCAAAAAUCGCCCCAAAAAAAACACAAUAAAAUGCAGAGCUGAGUAUCACUAAGUUCUCCCAGACUCCAGCCAGUGCACCACUCUGAUACUGUAUUUAUUAGAGACCCCUUCAGCUGAAUCGUAGCUCAAAGUAAACAAACAAGGCCAGAGAGGUGCGAACCCAGAGGUUAAUGUGGGUCAGAACAUAGAAAAAUGUUAUAGAUUUUUGUCGGGGCUUUCUCAGUCAGGAUGCUAAUUUAUUAAAAGUGCAAUUAAGGACAAAGUUUAGUGGUUUUCACACUGUUUUGGUGUCAUCAGAUGAAAUUCAACUUUUAACUGAACUCAUUUCAAAUGCUUUUGACUGGCACACAUGAAUCAAUAUACAAUGAUCAGGUAUUGAAAAUAUAUUUGAUUGAUACGCUAAAUUAGAAAAGCUGCAGAUGAAAUUCAUAUGAUCAUUAAUAUGUGGGCUGACUUAGACACAUUCGAGUGUUCGUUCAUCACACUGUGUCAAGAGUGGGGCAUACACUUAGUUGAACUGUGGACUGGUGGGUGUGUUUGUGGGUGAUAUUUCAAGUACAUAGUCAUAGCAGUCUCAUUGUUAUUAACAAGGCUGUGUUAAAGUCAGUUGCAGUCUUUGUGUCACCUUUGUUAGUAUGUAUUUCCCCUGAAGUCACACUCCACCCUUUGUGUUAUUUUCAUAUCCCAUUAAUAUGAAUGUGAAAAAAAAAAACGGUCUUCUCAAACAUCAGCCCCGUUUUCUCCACGCACCUCUGAGAACGACAGCUCGUACAUUUCUGUAUUUUUGUUCCUUACGGUCGUUUCCUGUCCUGCAGUGCCUGGAAGAGCUGGACCUCAGCAUGAACCCACUGGGGGAUGGCGUGUCUGAGUCACUGUCCUGUCUGCUGUCAUGCUGUCCUCUGUUAGCCAAACUGUCUCUGCAGGCCUGUGGCUUCACUGCUCGCCUCCUGCAGCAGCAUCGACUGCUGCUAGCAAGCGCUCUAACAGGUGGAUUGUUCGUUUCAGUGGUGUUUGUUUGUGGUUAUUGUUUUAUUGACGCUGCUGUGGAGGCAGUUAAUCAAACACAGAGUCUGUUGCCGCCUUUUUAGGAGGGUUGAAAAGGUGACAUGUCUUCAAUAAGUAUUUUCUGGUCUUUCAGGAACUGGCCAUUUGAAAUCAGUGUGUCUAUCCCAUAAUGCACUGGGCUCCACUGGCUUUGAGCUGGUUUUGAAGACCCUUCCUCUCCACUGUCUCACACAUUUGGACUUAUCUGCAGUCCGCAGAGGUCCCACUGACAUCCCUGUGCUGGAGCACCUCACCAAAAUCCUCUCACAGGUACAAAAAACAGCAGUCAGUCUAAUUCAGAAAUCUGAUUACCGUGUUUUUCGGACUGUAAGUCGCUCCGGUGUGUAAGUCGCACCGGCCAAAAAAUGCAUACUGAAGUAGAAAAAAACAUAUACCGGUGUAAGUCGCAUUUUUGGGGGGAUAUUUAUUUUACAUAAUCAAAGACCAAGAACAGACAUUUCAUCUUAAAAGGGGUGUACGGUAUGCUAACAUAUAUUUCACGACUUACAGCUUGUAAUCUGCAGAAUAUGAUUUUCUUUUUGGCGGCAUCUGUGCUCAGUCUUUCUCAGUUGUCGAUAUGAGUUCACAUUAAUUUUCAAAUUUUCAGUGGUACAGGAGUAGCAGAUACUGGUACAUCAGCCUUGAGUGCCCUAUAGCGACUGUCCCAAACCCAGCCAAACUAUUAAAAAAAAGUGCGACUUAUAGUCCAGAAAAUACGGUAUAUUUGUGAGAUGAUUGACAGGUCAGAGUCGAGCUUUACCUGAAGUGAAGUUUAGGUAAAACUUUUGUGUUUCUACAGGAUGAGUGUUCUCUGACCCAUCUGAGUCUGGCUGCAAAUGGUUUGACAGACAGCAGCGUGGUCACCUUGUCUAGGUAUGAUGACUGUGUGUGUUUUUCCUGCUAUUGUAUCCUGUGAAUUUCCUCUUUAUGUUGUCAUAACGUUUUCUAGGAGCUUUUAGAUAAAUAGUUUUCUGUUCGACUUUCUUCAUUUCUCUGUUUUAAGUUUCACUUUCUUCUUCCAGGUGUCUGCCUUCAUGUCUGUCUUUGGUGAGUCUUAACAUGUCAGGAAAUCCAUCGAUAACAUCAGCAGGACUUAACAAGAUCCUGACUGCUCUAAGAGAGGCUCAACGACCUUUGACCCUUUUAAAUCUUCAAGGUACACUCAUGUGUGUAUGUGUGUGUGUGUGCUCCACAGAGCGUGAACUGCGUAAGACAAACAUUUACUAACUUUUAUGAAUAUUUAUUUUCUGGUAUCUUUUGGUUCACAGGUUGUCAAGUCUUCGGCCCCUGGGACAGUGAGACUCUGGAUGGCUUGUCUGGCCUGGUCCAGGAUCUGCGUCUUUGCUCACAGGGACUGAACAAACUGGACAGACAGGUCUUAAAACAGAGCUGGGACACCGGCCACUCCCAUCAUGGGCACUUUGUUGAUCGAAACAGUAAGUUAUUGCUCUCUGCGACGACGUCCUCGUAAACGACAUGAAAUUAAAUCCAACUGCAGAUACACAAACCUCAUCCAUGAAACCUGUGAAAUCAGAAUCUGAAAACUUGUAUGUGUCAUGUUUUUGUACAUUAUUUAUGUUUACCUGAGAAAUAAUGUGCCUUUUGACAGUAGUGUGUUUUUGUUGUAAUGCACAUGUUUGAUGAUUUAUUCAAUGAUCUGAUUUCGAAGAAAAUUAAAGUGACUCAUGGUG